UUCCUACAAGCGUUUUGACCAAAAGAAGAUACAAGCUUGUAUAAGCAUCCUCUUCAGCAUUUUUAUAUCGAAAACAAAGAAUUCGAUACAUUUACAGUUGCAAAGAGCAUAUAAAAUGAGGGACGUUCAUGAUUGGCCAGACUCGGCUAUUGCCAAAAUCUGAUUGGCUGUUGAAGGCCUCCGAGGCGUGGGAGUGUUCCUGCACACCCGUGUCAAACAUUUAUAUUUCGCCGGGCAAUGUAUGAUCUGUGGUGGGUGAGAGCCACUCGAUGGAGACAUCAUGGAUGAACCAGUAAGUGAGGACGAGUCAAAGUAGGUUAAACACAAAAGUGGUGACACAUUAUCGAAUCAAUUAUGUAACCAAAACCCUGGAUUUUACCUCAAGACUGAAGACAGUCACAGUGACAGAUGGAAUAUAAUAAAGAAGCCCAGUUCUACAAAGCAGUGAUUUGACUGGAGUCAUUGGAUCCGAUCUUGCCUGGUAAAUAUUUCAUUUUUUUUUUCUGAAUCAGGUCUUUUUUCUUUAACCUGACUUAAUAGAUUUAGUACAAAAAAACCCAGAAAGAAUAAAUUGAAAAUAGAAGGGGAAAAAACGCACGUCCAAUGGCAGCCUGUCACAGUAACCCACUUCACGACUGCCGCACCACUAUGAGCAUCCAAGUUGCAUUUUCUCCUCUCACCCUAACUUGAUUGUACCGAGAAAUGAUUUCAGUAGACGUCACUCAUCUGCAUAGAAGGGAGUAAAAUGCAACCAUCCUGCAAGGCUGUAUGCACCCUGAAACGCUCUGUAUCCUCGCUGUGUGAUAUAAGGACACACUGACUGCUGCAUAACCGAAACUACAAACAUGGAAGGAAUAGGAUGUUACUAGCAUCCGCUGUAGUGGUAUGGGAAUGGCUGAACGAGCACGGACGCUGGCGGCCCUACAGCCCGGCUGUCUGUCAUCACAUCGAGGCAGUCAUCCGGAGCGACCCGCGCUGUGGUAGUGUCGUCCUCGGCCAGGUGGACUCGCGCCUCUCACCCUACAUCAUCGAUUUGCAUUCCAUGCACCAGUUCCGACAAGACACAGGUACCCUUCGACCGGUACGACGCAGCUUCUACGAUCCCACCUCAGCGCCGGGCCAGGGCUGGUUGUGGGAGUGGGAGAACGACACUGGCAGUUGGACGGCUUACGACACAGACGUCAGCAUCGCUAUCCAGGCGGCACGUGAUCGUCAGCAGCCCUGGCUGGACCUGGCGCCACUGGGAUUCUGCUAUCUCAUUGACUUCGAAAGCAUGACCCAGAUUAAUGGGCAGACGCAGCGCUGCCGACGCAUCCAGCGUCGCUCCGAUUUGGCGUACCCGCUCGUGUCGGGGCCCCUGCCGAGAUCGCACCAUGCCUGGGGUCCCAUGUCCAUGCCCAGCCAUGGAGGACUGCUUGGGGUGGAUGUUUCCGGUGUUGGUAUGGGGAUCAGGAUGGGCAACAGCGGGACUGGAAAUGGGAGUGCAUACCCAAGUGGAGCACUUCCUGCUUCAGCCAUCACCUCUUUAGGACAACCAUGCGCCUGUCAGCAGUGUAUGUUGGUGCUAAGCGUCAAAGCAGGCGCAAUGGCGACUGCUCACACUUUAGGGCGGAGGCCACCACAGACAAAGCCACCUAGUCCAAAAAUUAGCAGUCACCCAAUCCCAGGAGGGUCCUAUUCACUGACACUUCCCCGGCCUCCGUCCCUGUCACGCUCCCUCUCCCCACACAGGACCUCUAUAAUCGGGGCGACAGGUGGAUACAGUAUGGGUGGUAUGGGUGGUAUGGGGGGUAUGGGCGGUAUGGGUGGUAUGGGUGGUAUGGGCGGUAUGGGUGGUAUGGGCGGUAUGGGUGGUCCUGGAGGUAUAGGUGUGGUUGGCAGUAGUGGCAUUAGUGUCUCCAGCUAUGGCUUUGGAGGAGGCUUCCCCCACUCCCUUUCCCUCCUUAACUCAGCUACAGCAGCCCUCUCCAUCUCCUCCACCCGCCCACCACCUCCGCCUCUCCCUCCACCUCCACCACCUCCUCCUCCACCUUCAACCACACUUUCCUCCUCCUCCUCCUCUGCUGCCAUCUCUUCCCCUCAUCCCCCCACCCAGUCCUCCCUAUCAGCAUCCUGCUCCGCCCCUACAGUACCAGUCCCUGCUCCGGGUCCCCCGCCUCCUCUCAUCUCCACGGCUGCCUCCACCUGCACACCUUCGCCUUCUGCUCGGGUGCUGGGUCCAGUGUCUUCAUCUAGUGCUGCUGCUUGCGCAGCUCCUCUGCCACCAAGGUCCAGCUUGGCCGGACUCAGCCGACCUGCACUGCAGCGGAUCGCCAUGGCACAGUCACGUGCCCUUAUCGCCUCUGGAGUGCCCACAGUUCCAGUGAAGAACCUGAAUGGAUCCAGCCCUGUGCACCCUGCACUGGCAGGCAUUACAGGCAUCCUGAUGAGCGCAGCAGGGCUUCCUGUCUGCCUGACACGCCCCCCCAAGCUGGUGCUUCAUCCUCCACCUGUCAGCAAGAGCGACAUCAAACCUGUCCCCGGUCUGGGUCACUGCUGUCGCAAGACCACAAAGAAACAGGCUCGUAAAGGAAAGACCCCUGAAGAGGUCGUAAAGAGGUACCUUCAGAAGGUCCGCAAUCCCCCUGAGGAGGACUGCACCAUCUGCAUGGAGGCCCUGUCCGGACCAUCAGGCUACAAGGGCCCCGGCGUGGGUGGCAUCUCACGGGCUGAGUCAGUAGGCCGCCUGGCGCAGUGCGGUCACCAGUACCACCUCCAAUGCCUGGUCGCUAUGUACAACAACGGCAACAAGGAUGGCAGCCUGCAGUGUCCGACCUGCAAGACUAUCUACGGAGUCAAGACCGGCAACCAGCCCCCAGGCAAGAUGGAGUACCACGUCAUCCCCCACUCGCUACCCGGCCACCCAGACUGCAAAACCAUCCGGAUUAUUUAUAACAUCCCUCCUGGCAUCCAGGGCCCAGAGCACCCGAAUCCGGGUAAACCUUUCACUGCCCGUGGGUUCCCCAGACACUGCUACCUCCCUGACAGCGAAAAGGGACGCAAGGUUCUUAGACUUCUCCUCGUGGCAUGGGACCGACGCCUAAUCUUCUCUGUGGGUACGUCCAGCACCACCGGCGAGUCAGACACAGUCAUCUGGAACGAGGUGCACCACAAGACGGAGUUUGGCUCCAACCUGACGGGCCACGGCUACCCAGACCCGGGCCACUUGGACAACGUGCUGGAGGAGCUCAAAGCUCAGGGUAUCACUGAGGAGGAGUGUCUACCCAGGGACUGAACAAAAAAAACACAAGCUGGAGCAAACAAAUUAUAUUCAACAACCGAGAGUGUUUUACCACCCAAGAAGGAAAAAAGCCUUCGAAAGGACAAAAACUCUGAACAGGAAAGAUGCAAAAAUUGUUUCAGCAGCAUAUGCUGAGAGUAAGAUUUCUCUUAUGACUGCAUGAGCCAGUAAUGAUAUGUGAGAAAUGCGUUUUUUUCUCCUGAUGCAGUUACAGUGUCAAGAUCACAGGUGUUGUUCAGUGAAACAUUUGAGACCACUGUGCACAUACAAGUCAGUGUUAGAUUUAAAAAAAAACAUUUAUACUGUGAGACUUCAUAUCAAGAAUGUAACUACUGGUAAGUGGAUUUGAAUUGAUGAGGUAUUGCCACUACUACUGCUGCUAAGUGGAAUUAAAAGGAGGUAAAAACGCCUGUAAGGUUACAGUGUUGGUCCACAAGCAGAAGAAACCUUCGACUGCAGAUGAAUCUUUCAAGUGUAUAACUGGAUAUCUGAGCAUGAAUAUUUGCUGACCUCUAGUGGUAUUUUUCCAGAACUACAUUCCUUUCUAGGUUUGAUUUUUAUUCAACUGUAUUGAUGUAUAUUAUGAAAACUUGAUAUAUCACAUAACAUUGUUUCCAUUCUCUCAUGUUUUUAUAUUUUGAUUUUACAUUCUGUUUCAUAUAUGGUGUGGUUUUUUUUGCAUUGUUUUUGUGUGUGUGGUGCGACAGACUCUCGUGGGGUGAAGUGAAGAUAAGCUACAGGAGUAUGCCUGACACUUUAUAUGCCAUUUACCAGCCCCUUCUUAACUCAAAACAUCACUUUCUGUAUUUUGUAUUUGAUAGUUUUUAAAACUGACAUUCCUUGACUUUGAAGCCCAUAGAGCAUUUGGGAAAGCUUUCUAUGUAUUCUUGUUUUAGCUUGAUGUGAAGGACUGGUGAAGGAAAAGCUACUAUGGAUUAUCCCCCCCCCCCAAAAAAUAAAAUUGCUAGGAUUAAACCUACUGCCUGAGCUUAGAUUUGCACAGAGCUAUCCGCCUAGUAUGAAAAUAACCCUGGACAGUUGUAUCUACUGUAUUUCUUAUGUAGGACACACCAGCCUAAACGCUCCAAUCACACUCAAAAAUGUGGUCAUCUGUUGGUUUCUGUCAUUUUUAGUUUCUGCCAUGAGCAGGUGCAAAAGACUAUCUCUUGUUGUGGAUCUAGCUUUGGCCAAAGUGGUCCAGUCGGUUUGCAUUCGGUCCUGUACGGACCGGUUUAUUAUGAGGUACACUAGAUGAGUUGACUUACUAAUGUAGGCCAACAUUGAAAGCAUUUAUGCUUUAUGAUACUUUCUGUAUGCACUGUACUGUAUGUAUGUGUUUUAUGUGCACAAAUUUGCAUUAAACGUUUUUCUAAGGUUCAAAAGAUAA